AUCUGUGGGGAUGAUUGUCAUUCAUGAUUAGUCGCAACGUUCUUGACCGCGGCGAGGUUUACCUAUCGCGUUCCCAAGUUUCCACGUACGGUGUUACGUAUACGCUUAUACCUCGUUGAAAACAGUUAAGUGUUUAAUCGUGCACGCUUUCCUUGUUGCUCGCGUGAUAUUCGGCUUCGUUCGGAUUGAUCGAUCGCGGAGUGAAAUUCGCCGCACGCGAAGGACCCAUUUGGCGCUUUUUCCACGAGUGCGCGAUGUCAUUCGUCUCAUUUCUCUCCUGAUAGUCCUGACAUCCGACCCGGCCGUCUUCACAAUAAUGGGAUCUCUGCCGUCCUAAUAUGCGGUAGAUGGUUGUCUUAUAAUAUCAAUUAUAGUACUCAAUCAGUGACGCAAUUCGUCAGCAUCGUAGCAUUAAUGAAUAGAAGACUUUGCAUAAAGGCCUCUUCUACAUUUUAACAUCCAACUGCGAAUUAGCGGUGGAAAUGGCAGAUGAGUGCAGCGAGGUCAAGUCGGCAGGACCAUCCUCGCCAAGGAGUCCUCAGGGCAGCAGCAACAGUGGGAAGCCCAGUAGCCUGCAUUCACCUAGGCAACCAAGACGCGUGAAGCUAACUCAGCAACAAUUGGACAGCUUGACAAAGGACGAGCUAGCAGCCAAAUGGCAUGAACAGGACUUGUAUGUGGAGUGUCUAGAAGCCCAGUCGGCAGCUCAGGAAGGUGAGCUAGCUUCAUUGAGAGAAUCCGAAAACAAAUACAGACAACAAUAUAUAGAGGCAUCUCACAGGGAGAAGAUCUUAGUGAGGAGGCUUGCCUCUAAAGAGCAGGAAUUACAAGAAUAUAUUAAUCAAAUAACUGAAAUGAAAGCCACCCAAGCUCCGUCCACAGCUGCAUUAAGGUCCGCUCUAUUAGAUCCGGCUGUUAAUAUAUUAAUACAGAAAUUAAGGCAAGAGUUAAUAACGACCAAGGGCAAAUUAGAGGAUACGCAGAAUGAACUAAGCGCGUGGAAAUUCACGCCGGAUAGUAACACGGGGAAAAGAUUAAUGGCAAAGUGUAGGUUAUUAUAUCAAGAAAAUGAAGAACUUGGUCGUAUGAUUGCCAGUGGACGUAUUGCUAAAUUGGAAGGCGAACUUGCUCUGCAAAAGAGUUUUAGUGAGGAAGUGAAAAAGUCACAAUCAGAAUUAGAUGAGUUUCUGCAGGAUUUAGAUGAAGACGUAGAGGGUAUGCAGAGCACUAUUUACUUUUUGCAACAAGAACUGCGCAAAGCACGAGAGUCCGUCACGCUAUUGCAACAGGAGAAUGCAGCAUUAAAGGCAAGUACAAACGAGAAUAAUUUAUCGAAUGGUUUAUCGCCCCAUACGCCGCCAAUUAAGAAAGAGGAACAGGAAGAAACUACAGUAUCAGAUACGAAAUCUUCAAAACCGAUGGAGGACAGUGAUAUGUGCAAAGGUGUGAGGACUCCACCGUUAGCGUCGCCCCAGAGUGAGCUUACCAGUGUUGAAAGGACAGAACGUGCGGAGAGAAAACUUAAUCAAGCCGAUCACAAUGAUGAGAGUUCCAGCGAUUCCGCGGCGUUAAUUAUUAAGGUUGAGAACGAGGAACUUAGUGAUAGGGAAGAAGAACAGGAAGAAAAUCGGAACAAACGAAUAUUAAGAAAUAAGAAUCACAGUAGGAAUAGUGGUAAAUCAAAUGGGGAGGAGGUGACAACACGAACAACACGGGGUAGGGACAGGAUAAAGAGGGAGAAAAGUGCAGCCAGUAGUGAUGAUGAAAGGACGCACAAGAAGAAACGAAGGGAAAGCAUUCUUUCUCUUGAUUAUAACGAAGCCGAUGAUGAUGCGUUAGUUUUAACUAAUGGCGAGACUCUGCAGAGUGAUCCCGAAUGAAUAUUGUUUUAGGUUGAUUUUGGACAACAUUAACUACACGUGUGGUUGAAAUUCGCGAUAUAUAAUUUGACAUCCACUAUGUACAAAAUUUUUCAUCUAAAGCAACACCGGUUGCCUAUUUACAAGAUAUUGUUCGAAUAAAAAAAAUAAUUAGCCAUAAAGAAACGUAAUUUCAGUACCUGUAUUCGUGAUAAACUGCAAAGGAUAAAUAUUCACAUUGGUCCCUAAAAUGACAAACCUGUAAAUACUCUUAUACCAUUAGAUCGAUAUAAAGUUCGUUUACGUGAAGUUACUUGCAAACGACCAAGUUGCGUAUUACAUUACAAAGAUAUAUCAGACGAAAAAUCUGAAUAGGUUAAUAUAAUUUAUUACAGCCGAAUACGCUGUAAGGAAAACUCAAGAACAAUCGAAUUUUGUUUGUAUUUUGUAAAUUCAUUGUAUUAAAACUUUAUGUAAAAAUCA